GCCUCUCAUUCUCCACACAGGAGAAAACAGAAACGUGCAAAAUUUGUAUAUCUUAAUAUUCUUAAUUAUUUUUGCAAUAAUUUCUGUGAAAAUAAAAGUGGUGGCUCCCACGUUGUACAUGGGACUUUCAAAUUUAUUCAAGUUAUUGAGCUAUAUUAUUUAAGCUAUUAAAAUCAACUAGAGAAAGUUAGUGGAUAUCAAAAUGAGAAAGUUUGUAGUUUCAUUCAAAAGUUAAAGACCAAGGAUUGUUAAUUGUCAGCAUUUUGUAUAAGCUAUUCUUUAGUACCAGCUGCAAGAGUGGAUUUGCGACAAUUUUAGCUACUAAUAGUCAUAAUCGAAUGGAGAAAGCAAAUGUAACAGAUGACAAAGCUAUACCGGCUAGACCCAUUCCGUCCUGGAAGAAAGGGCCGCAUGGAGUGGGCGAUCCUGAUGAUCGAUCUCUUCGAAGAGUGGAAAAAGAAGUGACGAUUCCCAUGAAGAUGAGAGAAAAAGGAAAAUUAAAAUGCUCUGAACAAGUUGCGGCUUUUAAUGAAUGUUGUAAACGCAGCAGUGUGGCAAUGGUCGUGAAUUGCCGUGGUCAAAAUUUUGAACUCAAAUCCUGUCUAACAAAAUGGUAUCAAGAUGAAGACUUUAAAAAGGAAUGCACGGAAGAAUAUUUAGCAGAAAGAUCAGAGUAUAGAAGAACAGGUAUCAAGAAAAAUCAGAAAAUGUAUGAGGCAUAGGCAUAAAAUAUGCAAGCAAAUUUUAGUUGAACCACCGACUUUCAAUGUUGUCAGGUUGAAGUUACAUAGUCGUGAGAUAGGUAUUACGUCCUAGUGAUAAUAUCUUCCUGUAUGAAUUAUUAUACUGUUUAUACAAUAUACAGAUAUGCGAGAAAAUAAAAUGUCCCAAAUAUCACUGCAAAAA